CCCUCUUGCUCCUGUACCGUCAGGGGGCUCUUAUCGUGAACAAAGCGAAGAGGUUAACUCACCAUAAGGAGAAAAUAGAGCUUACGAGUUUCUAAUUCGAGAUCCUUAAUCUAAGUUUAAAAAAAUAAAUGUAUAUCUUACCUGCUUAAUUACACCUAUUUUAAAAUUUAUUUUAACAUUCAUAACUUGUAAAUCAUGGCGCAAAGUAGAUUAGAUAGAAUUGGAACAAUUUUUUCAAGAGUAACAGCGUUAAUUGAAAGUGGAGCAAUAAAACCAAUUAAUAAACCAUUAUGGUACGAUAUAUAUAAAGCUUUUCCUCCAAAGUAUGAACCUCGUUAUGACAGACCUGCAUCACAAAAACCAUUAAAACAAAUUUUUUAUGAAGAAGAUAUUAUAAGAGCGCAAUUUCAUAAAGAUAUAUCCCUUUUACCUGCAAUAAAUUUAGAAACAAAAGAAGAAUCUCAUACUGAAUUAUUCCUUAAAUUAUAUGCAAAGUAUUUGCAGGGUGAUUCAUCAAAAACUGUUGCAUAUCAAAAGACUUUGAAAGAAUAUGUUUCAUUAUUUAAAGAUGACAAUCCAAGAUUGGAAAAAGUUUUGCAUAAAUAUGGCAGUGAUACUAAACCUGAAUCUUAAAAAAUCAUAUUAUUAUGUAUGUAUUUAAUAUAUAUCAAUUAGUUCAUUUUGGGAAACAAAAUUAAUAUAAGUUAAUGACCUAUUUUUCAUGUUACACAAGACAUAUUAUCCAUUUUAUACUUUCACUUCAAAUGACUUUAUUUUCAUUAAUCAUUCGCAUGCUAAGAAGAUAUUUAAAACUGGUAUCAGUAGAUAAUGUAGCAAUGUAAAUAAUAAUUUCACAUGUAUUAUGUAUUUCUGAUCAUGAAUUCAUAAACGUAACUGCUAUAAUAACAUUAUUAACCCUCUAAAUGCAAUGCACUUUAAAUAAAAACAAUUUUGUUAAAACGUAAGUGUUGUACAUAAUCUAUUAUAUGUGUAUGUGUAUUUAAUUUCUGCAAAUAAUAAUGAGUACGUAAAUACAUAUUUAUAUGCCUCUUGCAAUAAAAUAC